AUGGAUGCGGCCUUCACCAUGGAAGGACCUUUAAGUAAAUGGACCAAUGUUGUAAAUGGCUGGCAAUACCGAUGGUUCGUUUUGGAUUUUAACAUGGGAAUUUUAUUUUACUACACGUCUAAAGAGAAAAUGAUGAAGGGAGAUCGGCGAGGCUGUGUGAAGUUAAAGAACGCCCAAGUUGGUAUCGAUGAUGAAGAUGAUAGCACCUUCACCAUAACAGUGGAUCACAAGACCUUCCACUUUCAAGCGCGUGACUCAAACGAACGCCAAAAGUGGCUGGAUGCACUGCAGGAGGCUCGCGAUCUUCACACGCAUAAUUACGCUCUGUUGCACCAUGUAAGCCAUCGGGGAUCCAAGCGAUUCAUUUUUGCUCCAUUAUUUACAUAUACUUUGACUUGGUCUAGUGUGUUUAAAGUGGGCAUAUGCGAAUUUCGCAUUGACCUUCUCUUUCCGCCUUGCCCAUGGUGGUAUUCAACAGUUCUCUUUGCCUAUCCUUGCUCGAGUGCUGACUGUGGUGUACAGUUUUACACUAUUGUUUGCUACUGUGUUGCACGAUAA